CUGCACGUCGAUUUAAACUCACCUUCCCCGCCCCCGCCCAGCUGAGACCGACCCUGGAUAGCGCUCUCCAACUUCUCUCAGGUCCAGAUUCAGUCUUCUCCCACCGGGGCAACCUGUUACUCAAAGAAAAGAAACUGCAUCGCAGCUGUUGAAGUGAGGGCGAACUGAACAAGUAAACAGACGGUAUUUUGUGGAAUUAAAAAAGGACAAGCAGAGGCAACUUCGUUUAAAGAGUGGCCUGACAGAAAGUCAGGAAUCAUGACAGCGCUUGCAGGAGGUUUACCGAGAAUGAUGAGACCAACUCCUCAUCAGAACUACCCGCGGGGAGGAUAUUCCUUGGAAGUUUCCACUCCGUUAGGACAGGGUCGGGUCAACCAGCUUGGUGGUGUCUUCAUAAACGGCAGACCUCUACCCAACCAUAUCCGCCAUAAAAUCGUGGAGAUGGCACACCACGGUAUCCGUCCAUGUGUUAUAUCACGUCAGCUGCGAGUGUCCCACGGCUGCGUCUCCAAAAUCCUCUGCCGGUACCAGGAGACAGGCUCCAUCAGGCCAGGAGCCAUCGGAGGCAGCAAGCCAAAGCAAACUGCUUCUCCAGAAGUGGACAAGAAAAUCGAAGAGUAUAAGAGGGAAAACCCCGGCAUGUUCAGCUGGGAGAUCAGGGACAAACUACUGAAAGAUGGGAUCUGCGACAGGAACAACGUCCCUUCAGUGAGCAGCAUCAGUCGAAUUAUGCGCGCUAAAUUCGGUGGUGUCGCUGAGGAUGAGGAGGAAGAGGAUGAGGUGGUGAAGAGGGCGAUGGAGGAUAACGAACCUCGAACAAAACACAGCAUCGAUGGCAUUCUUGGAGACAGAUCCAGUCACUCAGAUGAGGGCUCUGAUGUGGACUCUGAGCCAGGCCUGCCUUUAAAGAGGAAGCAGCGUCGCAGUCGGACUACUUUCACAGCAGAGCAACUGGAGGAGCUGGAGAGGGCCUUCGAGCGCACACACUACCCUGACAUCUAUACACGUGAAGAGCUGGCCCAGCGGGCCAAACUAACAGAGGCUCGAGUUCAGGUGUGGUUCAGCAACAGAAGAGCUCGGUGGAGGAAGCAAGCAGGAGCCAAUCAACUAAUGGCUUUUAACCAUCUCAUCCCCAAUGGUUUCCCUCCAUCAGCAAUGCCAGGUCUUCAGCCUUAUCAGCUGUCAGACAGCCCUUAUCCUCCGACUUCUAUAGCCCAAGCCGCUGAGCAGCCAAGUACAGUCCACCGACCUCAGCCUCUGCCACCCACCUCGGUGCACCAGAGUGGGCUCAGUUCAUCAACAGCUUCCCAGGAUGGAGGUUCUCCGUACUGCCUGUCUUCUGGACGACACAGCUUCUCAGGAUACUCAGACAGCUUUGUUGCCCCAACAGGCCACUCCAACACUGUGAACCCCAGCAUCAGCAACAGCCUAUCACCACAGGUGAUGGGCCUGUUGAACCCAAGUGGAGUGCCACAUCAAUCCCAGAGUGACUUUGCCCUCUCCCCACUAACAGGAGGCCUGGAGCCCAAUGGCGCUAUGGCUGCUAGCUGUCAUGGUUCCCAGCGCCUGGAGGCUCUUCCAAGCCUGACUAGCAUGCCCACCCUGCCCAGCACCCAGUCUUAUUGCCCACCCUCUUACACUUCCCCAGCUUAUGCUGUUGACCAUCACCCCUCUUACCAGUAUGGGCAGUACAGUCAGAGCAAGGUGCCUUUCAUUAUAUGAAGCCCUGGACACAGCCUGUUUGGCAACUAUGAUAUUCACCUCUGAAGAGCACCACCACCCACUGCCUCUGCCAACUUCCCCAGCCCUGUGGACAAGAUAGGAGGUGAAAGGGUCAUGGUGAUCUACUUCAACAAGAAGGGGAGCCACUUUGGAUGGAAGUGAUACCAGUGAUGGGGGUUGAAUGGAAUAAUUAAGGACCAAAGGCGCAGCCUUCAAUGUUACUUGACACUUGCUUUACUUGUGUGUCACGCCAUGCUCCAAGGACCAAGUUCGUUUUUUUUUUUUUUUGCCAGUUUUGUCUCAGGAGGAGAAGAAAGGGUUGGGCAAAUGAGUAGAUACAUUACUUUCAAGACCAUUUGAUUUUUGUAAUAAAUGGCAGAAAUGUAUGUUGAGGGGGAACUCAUCAGCCAAGUGCUUAUGUGGUCUCAUUUGAUAAAGAUGAGGUGCAUUUAUCUGCAAUGCUCUUCUGAGAAUGUCUUCUUCACAACAUCUUAGGGUGGUGAUAUUAACUGUACAUUGAUGUGACUUAUAUAUAUGAAGUUGAAGAUGAAAAUGUGACUACAUCAGGACAACCAGCAGGAAAGCAUGAGCUGGUCCCAAGGGAAGCCAGUGAAUCCGCUGCAACCCAAAGAAAGUGCAAUACAUUCAUACCUCAUGUUCUGUAAAUUAACACGGCUCAAAUGUCUCAUAUCUUCAAAAACCUGCUCUCUCUUUUAAAUGUUAAUUUUGGGUUGUAUGCAUUGAUCAAUCAGGGGAAAUUAUCAAGCGAUGAAUAAUAGCAAAUGUAGUCAUGAUGUAAUUAAACCAAAAAGAAAAAAAAAAAGAAAAAAAUUAUCUGCCAGUGAAUACAUUAUUCAGUUUGACAGUUAAUUUUUGUUGUUGUUUCUUUGCAUGUUAAAUUAGUCUUCACCAGGAACUUGCAAAUAUUAGUUCCAUUUCUUAUUUAUUUAGUGUUGUUCAAGUGUAUAUUCUGUGUUUUGUAUAAGCACUCCUCUGUGCUUGUGUAAGUCUUACACAAUGUUCUUUAUUCAUGUUUUCUCUUUUGUAUAAUUUUUCCAUUUACAAUGGGUUGAAAUGAUUUUGUUGUUUUGUGUAUAAUAUAGCACUAUUACU